AUGGCGCUUCCUGACUGGAUGGUAACACUGGUAGCCGCCGCAUCCUUCUUGUGUUUCUUAUGCUUAUGUGUCCGCUACAGACGCAAAGGACAGCUACUGUGGAGGAAAGCGUUGAACAAAAUAAUGGCCCGCACGGAGAAGCCGUUGUUCCGAAUCGCGUACACACUCUACACCAGGACCAGACUGGGCUACAUGUACUACAAGAGACAAAUGAGGAAGGCCCGAGAGCAUUACCCUGCUGGACACUCCACAGCUCAGCCUGUGGAGUUCAGUGGUAUCAAAAUAAUUCCCAUCCCAGUACUGUCUGACAACUACAGCUACCUUGUAAUUGACACAGCCUCCAGUGUUGCAGUUGUUGUCGACCCUGCAGACCCUCAAACAGUUCAGGCAGUUCUUGAGGAAGAGGGAGUGACUCUGGAAGCAAUACUCUGUACACACAAGCAUUGGGAUCACAGUGGGGGAAACAAAGGGUUGAAAAGGCUUCACAGCUCAUGCAGAGUUUAUGGAAACGCAGCUGAUAACAUUCCUGGCCUCACACACCCUCUCUCACAUAAGGACUCAGUAACAGUUGGCCGUAUGCACUUUAAGGCCCUCUUCACUCCGGGACACACAGUGGGCCACAUGAUCUACCUCCUGGAUGGCCGGGCGGUUGACGCUCCCUGCAGCCUCUUCUCUGGUGACCUGGUGUUCCUCUCAGGGUGUGGAAGGAUGUUUGAAGGCAGUGCCACAACAAUGCUGUCAUCUCUGGACACAGUCGCCUCCUUGAGUGAUGAUACGCUAUUAUGGCCCGGUCAUGAGUAUGCAGAGGACAACCUACUGUUUGCUGCUGAGGUUGAGCCUCGCAACGCUGCCAGGGAAAACAAAUAUCAGUGGGUGCUGCUGCAGCGAGGCCAGAAGCUGUGCACGAGUCCCUCCACCAUUGGGGAAGAGAGGCAGUACAAUCCUUUCCUGCGCAGCCACUCUGCGGAGCUCCAUCUGGCCCUGGGCCUCCAGCAGUUCCAGGAUGAAGACUGGACCCAGUUUAGAGCUCGGGUGCUGGAGGAGCUGCGAAAACGCAAAGACCUCUACAACAGAAGAUAGUACAAGAAACACUACAGCUACACCGGUGGACAGAGGAGCCAGCUCAUCUGUACUGGACAGUGAUAUGUUGUAAAGGAACGAUGAGUGGAGCUCUGAGGUACUGAAAAAAAAAAAAGGCUAAAUCUGUUUAAAGAAUCUGGUGAAGGGGCAUUAAGUAAUUUUUGACCUUUAUCAACCUGGAUCAGAGACCACUAGGAGCAUAGUCACAAUUUUAUCAUGACAUGAUACUAAUCAAUAAGCUGAUUACGUCUCCACGUACUGUACAUUAUGCUGAUUUUUUAUUUAUAGACAGAACAAUGAUCAUUCAUUGCCUCUUUUACAUAGUGACAUAAACACUAACGUAGAUUUGCAUGAGUAGCUUUCUGUUAGUUAACAAGUAGUUACAGACAGAUUUCUGGUGUGUGAAGCAGAUCUGCACACUACAUGGGUUAAUUUAGCAUGUUAGGUACUGUAUUUUUUUACUGCACAGCCUGGUUUAUAUGAGCUAAUACAAUGUUUUAGAAACCUUACAUUAAGAUAUUAGGUAUGCUGUUUCACAUUUUUUAUUAGUUGCUGAAGAGUAAUUAGCUUCUUCAUGGGAGUUGUGAUUUUGGGACUUGAGUAUUGAGUAGAAUAUUUGAUUUUGUCUUUUUUUUUUUCAGCAAUAAUGGUACGGUUAAUUUAACAAAUCAGAGACGCUCUUUGCUGUCAGUAGCACAAUGUACAGAAACAAGGUAGUACACUAGCCCUUCAUGUGAAUCUUUGUUAGCUGAAUCUAAGAGCCAGUUAAGCCAACAUUUAACUGGCUCUUAGCUGAAUCUAAGAGCCAGUUAAAUGUUGGCUUAAAAGAGAUGAUGCUGACGUGAGGUCUUUAUGAUGUGUUUUCUUUCCCCAACAUGUUAUAGAUCCCAGGUAUUAGAGAUGGAACACAUUUUCUACUUCAGCCUUUAUUUGUACCUUUCAGCAAAUUAUUUUUUGCCGAACCAAUUGUUCAUCAUAUAGACUGUGUUUUUCAAAUGUUACUAUUUGCACCACAGCAACAUAUGUGAAGGAUGUGACUGGUAUUGUAGUGUAUGAAACAUGACUGAAUUGCUGUUAAAGGGAUGACUGGUUUCUAGUGUUAGAAUGUAGAAAAUUAAACGCACAGGGUGAUGUUGAAUCAGCCCAUCUGCUGGCAUACACACCCAUGUCUUGCAAUCACUUUUUGGAUUUUUGUUUAAAAUGUGUCAUAUUAAAGAGUAAGACGGUGAUGGAUAAUCUUUCAUUUUCUUCCUAAUAUGAGAAUACAAUGUGACAUUGACUGUGGUACUCACUUUAAAAUUCCAGAGGGAGUGUUUUUAUAGCCAAUUUGAAGAUGUUGGAAACCAAAAUUGUACAUAAUUUUUUAAUAUAUUGAAGGAAUUAUUAUACUGUGACGAUAUGAUGGAAUAAUUUCAGUAUAAUAAACUGUUUUC